AUGGGCCACGAAAUGAGCUUACUGAAUAACAAGUUGUCCCAUCUCCUCCUACUCAGCACAUUCAGCGUCCUCAUCCUUCUUGUGACCAUUGACAUCUAUCUUUCCGUGCUCUCGCCAGCAAGGUGCAGCUUUUCGUCCAAGCCUUCUUCACAAAUUGCCUCUUCGAGUCAUGACAUUUCCCACGGAGGGAGGCUGGAGGUCGAGGAUGAAAUCUUAGGUUUGGGCCAGCAAGGCAAACAUGGGAUUGUCUUUCACAAACUUGAGGCUCUGGAGGACAUGAGCGCCGCAGGUGACGAGAAAUGGGAUAAUCUGUUUCCAGGUGACAGCUAUCUGUUCCUCAAUCCAGAGAAUGCGUCGUUCCCCCAGGAACCUUGGGGUGUUAGCAUGUUUCAUGGGCUACAUUGCUUGCAAGUCUUGCGGAGCAAGAUUCAAGAAUUCGAAGGACGGGUUCUCGGUAGCGAGCCUCUUGAAAAACAAGGUCAACGUGGGCAUCACCAUGCUGAAUCAGAUGAUUCCGGCAUCUCUGAUGCACAUUAUUUGCAUUGCUUCUCCUAUCUUGCGCAGGUAAGACCAACUACCAUUACCAGCAAUCUUAUCGGAAAUUCUAUGCAGAAAACUGAUUUGUUUUGCUUUUGA